GUGGGUUGUUUCCGCCGUCCAGCAUAUAUGCUUUAUCCCCAGAUUAUCCGUUUCCGAACCAUUGUUGACCAAUGUUUCGGUCUUUGUGUGCACUGUGAACGAGUGAAUUGAGAUUUUGGUCCCAACUGCAUAUCGUCCCAGCUUCUAUCCUUUGCAGAAGAAAAGUCAGUAUUUUUAGGUGUUUCUUUUCUCAUUGAAAUAACUUCAAGAGUUGGAACAAGAUGGCGGGACCAGCAUUACAACUAUUUCCUCCCCCUCCCCGCCCACGGCAAGCGAGUCCAACACAACGAAUGCGAGGCAAGACUCCCACGCCAGAACCAGAGCCGGAAAGAAUGGAAAGUGCAAAGACGAACAGAGCGCCCGAGAAUUUCCACGAACUUAUCAUACAAGUCAACUCUGUCCCAGUGUCACCAUCGAACUCGAUGGCACCUCCAAGCUCCAUUGCGCCGCCGCCCCAGGCACAUCUCCCCGUUCGGACUCCUCCUGAAGACAACAGGCCAGUAUUUGAUUCCCCACCCCGACCAAGACAUGCAUCUCCAGUUCUCGAAAGGAAGAGUUCGAGAAGAGGUGCUCAGCCAAUGUCGCCCAUCUUCCCCAUCCAAGAUGCUCAGGAUAGAUCUGCCACUCCUACCUUCGCUCCAGGACCUGGCCGAACAGUUUCUCCUGCCUUCUCUACUAGCCCUACCUUGGUGCGAGGUAACAGUGUCGCUACACACGCGAGGACUGUUUCUUUGCAGUCAGAGGUGCCAAUGAGGUCAAUGUUCCCAGUCUACAAUCCCAAUGUUAGCCUUGAACAGCAACAAUACGUCCCAUCUCAGGCUUCGCCCACCCAUAUUCCAAAAAACCAGAUUAGUCGGUCUCCGUAUUCGCCAGAAUUCUACAUUCCUCAUGGGCAUAUGGCAUCUGAGGGAACCAAGAGCCCGCCCCCAAAGCCAUUUUUCACCCCCUCACAUCUGUUGGACAAUCUCUGGGUGGCCUGCAACGGCCAGGAAGAGCCGGCUGUCCAAAUGUAUACUCUUCGUAUGCAUCGCCCUACAGCAGCCAAUCCCACCAUCACCUUUGGAACGACACCAUCUCUUCCGUUCUACAGUGUUGGGCUGUCUAAUCUGGCGGGCAACAAUGAAGUACAAAGCAUCAUGAACGAGGUGUUAAUACAGCGCCAUCAUCCUACGCAACCACGGGUCCUGCCUAUCGCACAGCUUGAUUUAAUGGCACCUCCAUCGCUUGGGAACAAUUCUAUUCACCCGCUCCAACACGAAGCAACCACCCUCCUUACAAGUAUCUACCCAAAGCUUGCGGCUCUGGCAGCUCUAGAAGCUGCAGCGACAUCGCCAAGGGCAUCGCACAUCGCCCUCAACGACCCCGACGCCUCGUCUCCUGCUGCACAACAACUCGCGGAAGAAGUGCUAAUGGGAGCUGCUCAGCGCGAAUGUUGUGCACUUGCUUGGGUUCGUGAUUCCCCAGAGCAGCACUCUAAUCCCUGGGCAAGACACAUGCCCUCGGAAGGCUCAUAUCAGCUUCAUCACCCAACACUCGGGACGUUCCCAAUCAAGGUUGAAGGCGACUGUUCAGGGAUUAACAAGCCGUCAUCGCGCCCAGUGACAGGAAUGUAUGGCCAUAACAUGCCAUCAACCCCAAAUAUCACGCAGAAGCCUGCUUCGAUUACUCUUCUGAACCCAUACAUUUUAUCGCCCAACUCCCCUCGCGCCGCCCAAUUCUCUCCCCUUACUCCUCCACCAAGAAUCGGUGGUUUCGGCCAGGACAUGCGACCCAAUUCUAUCACGCCAUCAGAGAUGGAUGUAACGCAACUCCCUACGGCAACUGAUGCAACAGCCGACGAUGCCAUGCUCGCCCGACUGGAUUUCGCUUCCAACUCCCUCACUCUCAAUCUCGGUGCCCUGACACGUUUUGGAAACCCAUUCCUAGUCGAUGUUGCUGCAUCGUCAAUCCUCGCUGUUGCUGUCGCUGAGGCUGUCCGUGGACGCAAGACAAAUCGCGGAAGCCAGGAUAGUUUCGAGCCACCUCCUCCUUCCGCCGUUCUCAACAGGACAGAACCAAGCACCGCCAAAGCCUUCAAAGACUCCUUCACCGAAGGAUUCGACUCCUUCGGCGGAAAGACGCGAAAUCCGCUUUCUUCGAUCACAUCAGGCGGCGGAGGAGGAGGUAGGAAGUGGUCCUUCAAAUCCACAAACACCUCCAAAACGAGUGACAGCUUUGACAAGGACAUCGAACUGGGCGAAUGGUAUGGCCAGCAACCUCAAAAUAAGGAUAGCACGAAAGCUCCGGCCAAAGAGACUCGGGCCGAGAAGAAAGCACGCAAAAAGAAGGAGGAAGAGGAUAAGCUGCCCUUUGUUGCAAGGGCUGUCAUCAAUGUUCUCACAUUCGCUUUUAAAAGUGUCAUAUUUGUGCUCAAGAUUGCGAUCAAGAUCGUGGCCGGCGUCGUUGUCAUGAUUACGCGGAAUUUCAGCAAGUUGUAGAAUUGCCUUGUCUGAUCGAGAUGUCUCAGCAGUCAGCGAUAAAGGAGCUUUGUAUAUAUCACCUCAGUGAACGAACUGCUUACCCACCCUUUUCUUACUCAUUCUUUUUAUGAUACCAUUAUUCCUUUACUUUAGGUAUUUCCUGUUCCAUAUAUCUUCUUUUUUUUCUUUAUCAUCAGGCGUAAAAAGGGCAAGGGCAACGAACAUGGGACCACAGAUGAAUCUACAAGCAGCCAUUGGGCAAGGCUAUAAUCAAAUGGAAAAGAUUUCUGA